AUGUGGGCAAGAGGUUAUUUUGAGCUUUUAGAUUCUGAUCUUAGAGAUGAAUCGGAUUCUAUUCCAGUUUUAGUUCAGUGUCAAAACGUUGGUGAUUUUUAUGUGGAUGAUCGAAGGCUCUUUGGUGAUGUGUAUGGAUACAAGAAUUCAUGGCAUGUUCUAUAUCUUCAUCCUGGCAUGCACGUUAUUAACGUUCGUCUAGUGAAUGAAAUUCGGAUUUUUGGUGGGAAAAUUCCUCCAGAUAUUCGGUUCCAAUGUUUUAUAAAAAAAUUGGAAUUGCAACAAAUUGGUGCGAUGGUGUUGGACCACACUAUAAUUGUUCCUGAUUUGGUAGACGGUUUUUUGGCUGGAAAAUUUGCCAGCGUUGCAAUCUUGAAUACUCAAGAAAAAUCUUGGAUCACUGUUUCCAAUGUCAAUGUUAUAAAUAGCAAUGUUAACGUAAGCACACCGGCUGCCGCAUAUACUAAAAUUCAGAGCUAUGUACCAUAUUAUUGGAAUAGUGAAUCUCAUUUAGACCCUAUCCUUAAAGGAAUCCUUGAAUCAUCAAUUGCUGAAUAUAAUAACGAUUUGUAUACUACAAAUUUGGUUGGCAUUCCAAUAUUAGCAAGAGUUGGCUCAGAUGAUGAUAACGUUCCACCUCUACAUUCACGUAUGCUUGUCCGUCUUGUUAACGAACAUUCUGGCAAUCCACAAGCCAUCAAGCUUUCUGAAAUACCUGGCAAAGGACAUUGGUUUGAUAAAGUUAUGAGUGAUGAUGUGAUGCAAGAAUUCUUGGAUGAACAUUUGAAGAUUAAUCAUUUAAAUCAAAGUGAUUCAUGUCCAAAGGAAUUUAUUAUAAUCUUAUUGAAUCCCGCAAGUUUUGGUAGUAAAUGUGGAAUUCAG